AUGAUUUACCUUAAAAGUUUGCUUAAUGUGAUUGACAAUUCUGGUGCUCAGGUUGUUGAAUGUAUCAAGGUUUUGCGUCACAAGCCCAAGAGUUGUGCACAGAUUGGCGAUAGAAUAACGUGUGUUGUGAAACAGGCCAGACCAUUACAGCAAGAGUUGACGGGACAAACAUCGACCAACAGAGUCAAGAGAAGAGAUAUCUGCCAGGCAGUGGUUGUUAGAACAAGGGCCCCACUUAAGAGAAAGGACGGAAGUGUUGUUAGAUUCGACGAUAAUGCUUGUGUGUUGAUAAAUAAGAAUGGUGAGCCGUUAGGCACGAGAAUAUCGUCGGUCGUGGCCAAAGAAUUGAAGGACUUAAACUACAACAAGAUUGUGGCCUUAGCUCCAAAGACUUUUUAA